AUGAUAGAGAGCGAUAUCCCGUCCAUAAUGUCAGGAAUCAUUAGGAAUUCAGGGCAAAACCACCACCCCUCGCAGGAGUACAGGCUCCUGGCCUCAGACCCUUCCCAGCUGAGUGAGGAUGAGCUCCCGGGGGAUUUGCAGUCCCUGUCCUGGCUGACAUCCGUGGAUGUGCCUCGGCUCCAGCAGAUGGCCAGUGGGAGAAUGGAUUUCAGCCUGGGGCCCCAGAGUGCCAUGCUCCAGCAGACAGGUGCCGUGGGGAGCGCGAUGCACUCGACGCCUGGAGCGAUGAUCCACGUCCAGGCCAGUCUCCCCCAGGGAAUCCUGGGCCUCAACUCCAUUUCCACACACGGAGCCAAUAUGAGCCCCUACGCUGUGGGUGGGCAGCUGUCCCCUGGUUUGCAAACACAGCAACAGCUCUUCCCUCCUCAUCCUCAUCCUCCUCCUCCUCACCCCCAGCAGGUGUUUGCCCUGGCCCAGAACCCCCAGCAGUGUAACCCAGCAGCAAUCUACAACACAUCCUAUGGGACACAGCCACACUAUUCCCAGCCCCGCCUGGCUCCCCACUCUGCCCAGGAGCUGCACCCAAAGCAUUAUCCCAAGCCCAUCUACUCCUACAGCUGUUUGAUUGCCAUGGCACUGAAGAACAGCAAGACCGGGAGCCUGCCCGUGAGCGAGAUCUACAGCUUCAUGAAGGAGCACUUCCCCUACUUCAAGACUGCCCCUGAUGGGUGGAAGAAUUCCGUGCGCCACAACCUGUCCCUGAACAAGUGCUUUGAGAAGGUGGAGAACAAACUGAGCGGGACGUCCCGCAAGGGCUGCCUGUGGGCCCUCAACCCCGCCAAGAUCGACAAGAUGGAGGAGGAGAUGCAGAAGUGGAAGAGGAAGGAUUUGGCUGCUAUUCACAGGAGCAUGGCUAACCCAGGGAACAUUUGGGAGGAGAUGAAGGACGACAGCUUCAGCCUGGACACCCUGGGUGCCUUCAGCAACUCCCCCCUGCAUCUCUCCGACUGCGAGCUGGGCACGCCCGGCCUCACGCCCGCGUCCAGCGGCAGCGACCGCUCCUUCUCCGACCUGCAGGUCACUGGCCUUUACACCACCUACACCACCCUGGACAAUGUGGCAGCUGCUCAGUACAUGAACCCCCAAGGCAACAAACCCAUCCCUCUGCUCUGAGCUUGGCACCGUUCAGCACAUCCCGAGGGACGGUUCUUCCCCGUUGUUAAAAUCCGACCGGGAAGCUCCAAGGGCUUUGUCCUGCUUUGGGAUGUGUUGGCUGCUUCCACAGCGUGUGAGGCCAAAAUAAAUCAAGCUGGGACUUGUGAAACCACUUUCCCCCAUGGCAAGGGCAUGGACACUUGUGUUGUGGGACUGGGGAGCUCUCCAGAAGGACCUGGAAGGCAGCAGGAACUUUCACUGGAAUGUAACUGAGCUAAAAAUCACCCAGUUAAGGGAGUUAAAUUUAUUCCACACCGUGGUGGAGCUGCUGUGUCACCACUGUCACAGAAGCCACCACAAGCCAUGGGGCUGGCCAGCCCCAAGUUGGUUGAUUGUGCCCCUGGCAUGUCAUUUCUUCUUAACUUGCCAAAUUGGACAAAGACCUCCCCCAGUUCCUGGAGAUGUUUGCACCACUAACACUUUUCUGAUGUAACUGUUGUUAAUUUAUUGUUAGGAGGUAGGAAAAAAGGAGCAAAACCACUAAAAAAGGAAAACUCACCUCCCUAGCAGAUCACUGUUAUAUCUAGAUUUGUAAAAGUCCUCACCCCUGAAGGAAGUGGUACUACUGAACUAUUAAACUGAUCACUGGCUAGAGGAUUUUAGGAAUUAUGCAGAUGUUUAGGAUUUUUUUAAAAAAAUAGAUUUAUAGUCUUGUGUAUUGUGCUUCUGUCUAUUCUUGUGCUAGGCAGUAUUACUAUUUGUAAAUUUAUUUAUAUUUAUUGUUAUGAAAAGAAAUUAUGUGAACUGAGCACUGUUCAAUUUGUAUAAUGCUGCAGUAACCUUUCUUACAGCCACUAAAUUAUUCAUCAUCAGAACCACAACCAUCUUAUCACAGUUUUUACACUACAUUUCUUUAAUAAGCACUUUUGAUACUGUGAAACUCAUGCUUUUUAAAAAAAUUCAGAGACCAAAUAUUGUCACUGUACCUUUCAUAAUAGUCUUUGCUAAUUAACUAAAAAACUUGAUUCUAAUGUAGCAUUUUAAAAAAGAAUUUCAAACCCUGCUUUGUACUUGUUAACAUACAUUGAAAAUAAUGUGAUGAAAUAUCUGAAAUAUGUUGGAAUUUAGCAUUUAGUCUACUUAUACCUCUGUGAGCAAAAAGUGAUAUUUAUACCUUGGGUUUUGUCUGUUCCUGUGCAUUCAGAGAAUUUCCCGGUGCCGUACCCAGGUGCUCCCAGGCUUUUCUCUCCCACAUCCAUCCAUGGAUUAAAGCUGGAGGGUGCAGGAUGCUGGAGUGGCCCCACAGGGCACUUUCUUGCUUGAAAAAUAUGAAGAUCAGGGGACUUGGAAACAUCUGUGCCUGUAUCCUCCCAGUGCAUCCCUCCAUGGCAACCUCUUCCAAAGGGCACCAUGAUGCUCCACGUCAUAAUUUAUUGUCCAAGGACAAAUGU